CAUCCCUCCCUCUCUCGGCAUCCCCAUCCCCCAUUCCGCGGUGUUCCCAACGCCGCUGCAAGCUCGAAAUCGCUGUAGUGAGAAGCUAGAGCGCCGACACCGUAUACAUUGCCAGUGCCAACGAGUUUGAAGAUACCUGAACAAAAUAAGGAAUUUAGAGAGCAACAUUUGUCAAUCAGACAUUGAUUUGCAUAUCCACUCCCACCUCUUCCUCAUUUGCAUACAGCGAGAAUGGCGAGCGGGCACCCCACUGACAAAUACAGUUUCAUGUACCAACCAGACACGCACAAGAGUAAGAACAGAUUAUCCAGCAGCAUGAAUCCCGUCUACAGUCCUGUUCAGCCUGGAGCUCCGUACGGUAACCCCAAGAACAUGGCCUACACAGGCUACCCAGGAGGUUACCCUACUGCUGCUCCCACCUACACACCUAACCUCUACCAAACGGGUAGUCCAGGGUACCCACCAGGAUACACUACAGCGGGUACUCCGUAUAAAGUGCCCCCCACCCAGACGAACGGAGCCCCUCCGCCAUACUCCCCCUCCCCCAACCCCUACCAAACAGCCAUGUACCCCAUCAGAAGUGCCUACCCCCAGCAGAACAUGCAGAGCAUGCAGAACCUGCAGAGCAUGCAGAACCUGCAGAACUUAUAUGCACAGGCAGCAGCGUAUUAUGGCCAGCCAGUGUAUGCGGCCCAGCCCUAUGCGUAUUACACCCAGCCUGUGUUUGCUGCUCAGCCUCAGCCUCAUGUAAUCCACCACACCACAGUGGUUCAGCCAAACAGCCUGCCCUCAGCCCUCUACCCCGCCCCGGUCCAAGCCCCUAGAAACAACGGAAUGGCUGCCAUGGGGAUGGUUGCCGGGACCACCAUGGCUAUGAGUGCAGGAACCCUGUUGACCACGCCUCAGCACGCUCAGCUGGGUGCUCACCAACACGUCACCAUGCCACAGUACCGGUCCCAGGGCACACCUGGUUACAGCUAUGUCCCUCCCCACUGGUAGACCCCGCCCCCCGAGAGAUCUGGAGUCCAAGGUAUGCAACUACUCCAGUCUUACACGGGCUUCUUAUGGUCACCAUGGCAACCUCACAUCUGUCUGCAACAACAAAACUAAAGAGCAACGGACACUUGCUGCAUUCUGUAGUGUUUUAUAAAAGCUGAUUUUUUUGUUACACAAAUAUUUUCUUCUUCUUUGAUUUGCCAAUAUGUCCAUUUAUUACGCUGGUUCCUUUUGUUGGUUUUAUUUAUUUCAUUUUUUUUAUUUGUUUAUUUUUUUUACAUCAUUUCAAUUUUCCCAUUGUCAUUGGAACUCCAGAGUGAUUGACCAAUCAUGGGUGUCUGUUGCUCUGCUUGUGGUCCGUGUUCUGUUGGUGUGGUCCAGAUCCAAUGGUGGGAAUGUACUGGACACUUCCACCACCACCUUCAUCAUCACGCCAUUAUCAUCAUCAAUUUAUGCUGCCAAAUUUUCUAAGGAUUAGAUGUCAGCACAGGGUUUUGAUUUCAUUGAUUUCUGUUUGUUUGAACCCUUUUCCAACAAAGCACACUGUCUUGGAACAGUAUACCUCUUUUCUCUCUGUUCACAAUCUCUGUUCCACUUCUCCUUCUGAUCUGCACUUCAUCUUCCUCUUCUGAUAACAAGGGUUGUCUUCCAGCUGCUAGCUGUUUCUUAGAUCUGUAACGUCUAGAUCCGCUGUCUGACUAGAUCUGUAACGUCUAGAUCCACUGUCUGACUAGAUCCGCUAUCUGACUAGAUCUGUAACGUCUAGAUCCGCUGUCUGACUAGAUCUGUAACGUCUAGAUCCACUGUCUGACUAGAUCCACUAUCUGACUAGAUCCACUGUCUGACUAGAUCUGUAACGUCUAGAUCCACUGUCUGACUAGAUCCACUGUCUGACUAGAGCCACUGUCUGACUAGAUCCGCUGUCUGACUAUAUCUGUAACGUCUAGAUCCACUGUCUGACUAGAUCCGCUAUCUGACUAGAUCUGUAACGCCUAGAUCCGCUGUCUGACUAGAUCUGUAACGUCUAGAUCCACUGUCUGACUAGAUCCACUAUCUGACUAGAUCCACUGUCUGACUAGAUCUGUAACGUCUAGAUCCACUGUCUGACUAGAUCCACUGUCUGACUAGAGCCACUGUCUGACUAGAUCUGUAACGUCUAGAUCCACUAUCUGACUAGAUCUGUAACGUCUAGAUCCACUAUCUGACUCGAUCUGCUGUCUGACUAGAUCCACUGUCUGACUAGAUCUGUAACGUCUAGAUCCACUGUCUGACUAGAUCUGUAACGUCUAGAUCCACUGUCUGACUAGAUCUGUAACGACUAGAUCCGCUAUCUGACUAGAUCUGUAACGUCUAGAUCCACUAUCUGACUAGAUCUGUAACGACUAGAUCCGCUGUCUGACUAGAUCCGCUAUCUGACUAGAUCUGUAACGUCUAGAUCCACUGUCUGACUAGAUCUGUAACGUCUAGAUCCACUGUCUGACUAGAUCUGUAACGUCUAGAUCCACUGUCUGACUAGAUCUGUAACAUCUAGGUCCAAUGUCUGACUAGAUCUGUAACGUCUAGAUCCACUGUCUGACUAGAUACGCUAUCUGACUAGAUCUGUAACAUCUAGAUCCACUGUCUGACUAGAUCUGUAACGUCUAGAUCCACUGUCUGACUAGAUCCGCUAUCUGACUAUAUCUGUAACGUCUAGAUCCACUGUCUGACUAGAUACGCUAUCUGACUAGAUCUGUAACGACUAGAUCUGCUGUGUGGCUGUAAAGACGUGGUAUGCAGCAUCACACGGUCACAGUACUUACCAGUUACUGAAUUCAUCUCAAUAUAGAGGCCAUUUGUCAUUUAGCUUAAACUGAUAAAUUAUAAAAUGUUAAUAUAUUUAUAUAGCUGUGUGUACAGGAUGUGUUCAUGCACACAGUCACCCACAUACAUACAUACAUACAUACAUACAUACAUACAUACAUACAUACAUACAUACAUACAUACAUACAUACAUAUACACCCAUAAAUACACACAAAGUCAUACUUAAAGCAGGAUCACUUAAUGUCAAUCAAAUAAUCGUACAUGGAUUCAAACGUGUUCCAACACACUUAAACACACACAUAUACAUACGCUCUCUCUCACACACACACACAGUACAUUAGACCACCACUCGGACUGAUUGCUUAUUGAGGAACAUGUUUAGGAGUUAAAGGGAUAUGGAAGCACUUGGCAGGGUGACGUGGCAGAGGAGGGUCAGGAGGGGAGUGGUGGGUCAGGAGGGGAGUGGGGGGUCAGGAGGGGAGUGGAGGGUCAGGAGGGGAGUGGUGGGU